AGUUAUGGUAGCUGUUGCUGUCAAUUUUUCCAAUUGGGAAGGUUCAUAUUCAUACCUCCGAAGUGAAAAACUUUGAAAAAUAUUUCUUCGCGGCAAACAAAUUAAAUCAAUUUGGAAACUUACUAUCGCUAUGGCCUUAAUGUUGAGCUUCGGAUACUAUAAGCGUUCAUACUUAUUAAUAGAAGCAAUAAUAUAUCCAUGGAAAUUUUCAAGUUGAAGUCACCUUUCCGUGCAGUUAGAGGACGCUUUUAUAUGUCCAUUCUAAUUUCCGGCUUCACCGGCAAGUAACAGUAACGAAUACAAGUAAAUAUGCCCAAAACCAACUUAGAAGGCGAUACUUAACCGGAAACGUGAAAAUCGCUCUUGCACAACCCUUGUCAUUGUCACGGUUUGGUAUUGGACCGAAAUUGAUGGUGCUUUUUUUACAAACCGGUUAUUGCAUCUUCGAACCACAGCCAAAAAGGAUUGUUAACAUCAGGAUCAUACCACUAAUCAUGCAAUAGUUCUGUAUGUUAAGAAUCUAAUCAGAAUCGUCAAAUUUCACAAAUGGAAUGUGCGAAUUUGCGACGUGUCAUAUAUCCGGCAUCGACAUAUGUUUUCAAAAAGUUAAAUCUCAAUCUUUUUCGUAUCGAAUUCAUUGCCGGUAUUACGCCGUCUUUGUAGGCCAACAUGCAUUGAAUUUUGGAGCACUUUUUCUCAGAAACGCUUGCCGACGUAAUUUUCUGCAGGGCCAAAACACGGCCACACACUGGUUAGCUGUUCGAACCGUUGUUUUAAAGCCAGUGCAGUCCGUUGUUCCAGAAGGUGAAUCGCACGAUGAACGGAACGCUCGUCUCAAGCGCCCGCAAUCGCCACAUUUGACAAUUUAUGCUCCCCAGCUAACCAGUAUGCUGUCUAUUACGCAUCGUAUGACCGGUUUAGCAUUGGCCGGCUAUGCUACGAUUCUAGGAUUGGGAGCACUUGCCUUGCCUCACGACGCAAAUCAUUACUUGACCAUGCUGGAGGGACUCAACGCACCAACUCUGUUCGCCUUGAAGUUCACAUUAUCUUAUCCUUUAGCGUUCCAUGCAACUAAUGGAGUUCGCCACCUAUUUUGGGAUAUUGGCAAAUUUUUAAGCAUCAAAGAAGUCUACAAUACAGGAUACGUGAUGAUAUUGGUUUCCGGAGCGAUUGCGACUGGACUCACCUUCUUGUAAACUGACUAAAGCGCAGUUCACAACAUAAAUUGACUAAGCGUCACCCAAGAGUAUUUGAGAAUUCAAAAGCAUAUUUAUUUAAAAUUGCGUUCAAUAAACCGUUUGAUGGAUUCUAA